AUGACUGCUCCUACAGAAAGAUUUCACGUUUUAGCUCAAUUAGAACAUUUACAUUCUAAAUUUGUUGGUACUGGUCAUGCUGAUUCUACAAGAUGGGAAUGGUUAACAAAUCAGCAUAGGGAUACUUUAUCCUCAAUAAUUGGGCAUCAAGAUAAUUUAUCAUAUGUUGCUGUAGCACAGAAUAAAAGUAAAGCGCGUGUAAAAUUUGAGUUGUUGAAGAAAAUGAUUCAACCUUGUGGACCACCACCUGAAAAGUCACCAUUGGAUGAUUUAUAA